AUGGCCCCAGCCCACCCCUUCUCUGGACUACCCCUAGUCGGCCGCUUUGUAUCGCCAGCAGCACCGGCCUCCGACCUCACACCGACCAAAAGCUUUCCUCUCGCGGUGCGAGAUAUCCUCAAACGCCAGGCCACAACAACCGUGGUUGCUGAGCCCUCCGACGGAAACGGUGGCGGUACCAAUCUGAGCGGCGGCGAGAUUGCCGGCAUCGUCAUCGGCUCUAUCGUUGGAGUGCUCCUCCUCUUCUGGAUUGUUCGAUCCUGCGGCAUGUGGGGACAGCCUGGUCUCUGGGGCCGCGAGCCAUCGCCGCCGCCAAGACGGCGCCACAGGGGUCGGUCGAGCCAUGGCCACCAUCGUCACCAGUCGACUGCAUCCCGCCGACGCUCACCUUCUCACGGACGGACGUCGUACGAAGUCCGGUACUCCCCGAACAUUAUGCGUGAGAAGAGCCGGUCCCCGCGCAGGCCAGAUGUUGUCUACGAUCACCGCCGCGGGAGCCGGGGCCGGUCGAGAAAUUAUGAUUACGACUACUGA